AUGUCCGGAAGAGGUAAAGGUGGCAAAGUCAAAGGUAAGGCCAAAAGCAGAUCGAGUCGAGCAGGGUUGCAGUUCCCGGUAGGAAGAAUCCACAGACUGCUGCGCAAGGGCAACUACGCUGAAAGAGUGGGAGCCGGCGCGCCUGUCUACCUGGCAGCAGUCAUGGAGUAUUUAGCAGCCGAAGUUUUG